CGCCUAGCCCCUGGAGGAGUCACUGCUCUCUGGCCGAGGAACCAAUUUUCUUCUCCCCCCACAACAAAAAGAAAAUUCAAAAAAUACAGAAAAUAUUUACGGCAGAGCUCUCUCGUAGGUUCAUUUCCUUAGAGCUAUAGCUAGGGUUAGGAGGUGCCGAUUCAAAAAGGAUCAUCGGGGGACGUAUUUCCCACCUGUGCCAAAUUUACUUCUUCUUCUUCUUCCACUGCUACUUCUACCCUUCUUUUUUCAAUUUCAAAUCGCUGUACAAACAGAAAGACGAUUUCUUGGUUUUCUCUAAUCUUCGUUGCUCGGCUGAUCGGUACAGUUUCCCCAAUUUUGUUGGGAUUUGGAUAAAUUUGUGGAUAUUUUUUAGGGUUGAAGAAUUUGCCGGAUUUCUGGAGAGAAGGGAUCGUUUAGAGGAAAAAAAAGGAGGAAUUUUUGUUAGGCAUUUUGCUAGAGUCUUUUCGUUAUGGAUAAGAAGAAGGUUGCCGUUCCUUUGGUCUGCCAUGGCCAUUCCCGGCCGGUGGUGGAUCUGUUCUACAGCCCGACUACUCCAGAUGGUUUCUUCCUGAUCAGUGCCAGCAAGGAUUCUAGUCCCAUGCUUAGAAAUGGAGAAACUGGAGAUUGGAUUGGAACGUUUGAAGGGCACAAGGGUGCAGUGUGGAGCUCUUGUUUGGAUACUAAUGCUUUACGUGCUGCAUCUGCUUCUGCUGAUUUUACUGCGAAAGUAUGGGAUGCAUUAACGGGGGAUGAACUGCAUUCCUUUGAACACAAGCACAUUGUUAGAGCUUGUGCAUUUUCAGAGGACACUCAUCUUCUACUUACUGGUGGACUAGAGAAAAUCUUGCGCAUUUAUGAUCUGAAUCGCCCAGAUGCACCUCCAAGAGAAGUUGAUAAAUCCCCUGGUUCAGUUAGAACUCUUGCUUGGCUGCAUAGUGAUCAGACCAUUCUGGGUUCAUGCACUGAUAUGGGUGGUGUAAGAUUGUGGGACGUAAGAAGUGGUAAGAUAGUGCAAACCCUUGAGACUAAGUCAUCAGUGACAAGUGCAGAAGUCAGUCAGGAUGGUCGCUAUAUCACAACUGCUGAUGGUUCAACCGUUAAGUUCUGGGAUGCAAAUCAUUUUGGGCUUGUGAAAAGCUACAACAUGUCAUGCACUGUGGAAUCGGCUUCCUUGGAACCAAAGUACGGGAAUAAGUUCAUUGCUGGGGGAGAAGACAUGUGGGUUCACGUAUUUGACUUUCACUCAGGGCAGGAAAUAGCUUGCAACAAGGGCCACCAUGGUCCAGUCCACUGCGUGCGGUUUUCACCAGGAGGGGAAUCAUAUGCGUCGGGGUCAGAAGACGGGACCAUCAGGAUAUGGCAGACGGGCCCACUAACGAAUGACGAAAGCGAAGGUGGGGCGGCGGCUACAGCGGCAGCAGCCAAUGGAACCGUGGCGGGGAAGGUGAAUGUGGGUGCUGCAGAAGAAGUUUCUAGGAAGAUAGAGGGGUUUCACAUUAGUGGUGACGAGGGGAAGACUAAAGAGAAGGAUGAGGCAGCAGGGAAAGAGUGAUGUAACUCGACUCACAUACACCAUCGGCCCGAGUUAGGCCAGACCCACUUGUUCUUCUUUGUUAUCUUUUCCUUCUGCGCGCCUCUUUUUUCUUGAUCUCUCAUUUUGUAUCGUUCUUUUUCUUCUCUGCCUUAUGGAAAUGGUGCUGAACUGAAACAAGGUUUGAUGUUUGGGCUUUGGUCAGUCAUCAUGAUAUUUGGGAGGGUUAAAACUUGAAAGAAGACACUGACAUUUUUGUACAAGCUACUUCUAUCUUUAGCAACACAAACGCCUUGAUAUAUGUAAACAGCUGUGAGGGAACGGGGAAGCACAAAAAGCUGUUCGCUAUAUGGUUUCACGAUGCGAAUUCACCUUCAUGUUUUGGUUCCACAAAAUGUCGAAGCUUUUACCCGCUGUUUCGGAUUAACUUACAAGAUGGUACCAUGAUCAUACUUCAAUCCAAUCGGUUCUGUAGUGGAAGUAUUUCUCUUUGUGGAAGAAAUGAAAGAAGACAGAAGUGGCAGAGGGAGAGCGACCCAACGUAGAUAAUAUGAAUGAAAAGACAGGGCUAACUCAGUCAUUGUAGAACUUCUGAGGCGCUUUUCUCUUUAUAUUUUUCUUCCUCCAGUCCCUCCGCCUUCCCGACUCCUUGGCCAUCGCGAAUCCUCAAUCCAUCUCCAUUUGAAAGAGAGAGACAGUGAGAGACUCUGUGCGGUGCUGAAUAGAUUUUCACUGACACAACGCUCCAUCCUUCCCUUGCAUCUGGGCUCUCUUAAUUUCGAUUCUUGCUUCCUUCCCUUCUGCCUUAAUCCGAAGAAGAAAGGAAGAAGAAAGUUUCGUUGGCGGGAAAAGAAGAUGUCGGGGAAAGGAGCAAAGGGUUUGAUUAUGGGAAAGGGAGCUGCUGCUGCUGCGGCAGCUAACAAGGACAAGGAUAAAGAGAAGAAGAAACCCACUUCUCGUUCUUCUCGUGCUGGUCUCCAGGUUUCUUCCCCUACCCUCUUCUCUUGUAGAUCUUCCCCUCUCUCUGUUUGCUCGUUCCAGCUUUUCCUCUGUAUCUUGCUCUCUUCUGAGAUUUGCGUCAUCUGGGUUUGAAUUAGGUUGCCUCUUUUUCUCCGCUCACUUCGUUUACUUGUCUUUUCUCUGGUUCUGCGGACUUUUUUGGUAUCUAGGGCGUUGUUUACGGUAGAAGAUUGUGGUGGAAUCUUGCUUUGAUUCGAAGUCAAAUAGCAGAGUCUGUUGGAAAUCGGCUUCUCUAGUUCGUUUGCUUAUCUUUUAUUGUAAAAGAGCCCAAGUUGGAGUGCCGUUUUCUCGACCUCUUUGUUGUCUGAAUCCUUCCAAGUUCUUUGAAGACAGAGAUGCAGUGCCCUUUAAUUUGCGCGGAGUCUUUUAGUACACUGUAAUUGUUUGGCCCUGCAAGAUGUUGUGGUUUGUGGUGGGUUGGUAGUAAAAAAUGCGUAGUUCUUGUUUGCUGUAUCAAGGAUCAUUUGGAGUGGUACCAGCUUGACAGCUUUUGGUUGCCAUUUGGUGCUUUUGCUGAUAGUGGUACAAGUUCUCGAAAACCUUUUCCCCAUCCAGCUGAGUUAGAUUCAUUUCCCUUAGUUUAGAGAAGAAUUGGUUCUGAGUGCUGAUGCUGUGACCAAGCUCCUUGCAUUCAAUGUUCGUUGCAGAUGCUAGAAAGUUGGGUCCUGCUAUUGCCACUAUAAUUAUAUGAGGCAUAUAAAUCGAGUCAUGUGACCUCUUACAAUAUCACAUACUAAGUUGCCCUGAAUGAUCUUUUCUGUCCGGUUAAUUGAGUCUACUGAACUAGUAUGGUGUUAUAUAUCUGGCAAGCCUAAAGAAUGAGAUCAGUCUUUGAAAAUUAGAAAAUAAUGUAACACGAUCACAGUUAUAACGGUUAUAAACGUUCGCUAUGUUGGGGAUGUCACAAGCAGAAACCUUGAUAUUUGGAUUGGAUGAAUCUAAAUCGCUAGGAGUAUUUUAUGUG